AUGGAUGCUGGUGGCCUUGAAAAUAAUAACACUCCCACACCUACGCACACUCCCACACCAACUCUUAUACCUGUGUCAAAUACCCCCUCCACUCACAAUGUUAAUGCUACUGGAAGGACUGAUAUUGGUAGUUCAUCAGAGAAACAAUCAAUAAUUGGCUCUACUCAUGAGAAGACUAAUCCUGCCUGGGAACAUUUAGCCUUAAGAAAAGAAGGGGAUACAGCUAUUUAUACAUGCUUGCAUUGUUCAAAUGAAUAUAGAGGGGGUGGCAUAAAUAGAUUGAAGCAGCAUCUAGCUGGGGAAAAUUAUGGUGAUAUUGACGACUUACAAGAAGUAGUUGAUGCUGGUUCAAAUCUUCCUUCAUAUACAGCUCCUCCGGCUAAAGAUAAAAGGAAGGCUUCUACAAGUGCUGCAAAGAGACAAGCUUUUGGUGCAGCUGGCAAUUACUUUGCCCCAAGAACAACUCCUGGUGCACAACCAACUAUAGAUGUAAUUGCUGCUAUAAGACUUGGAUUCAAAGGCCCUACUGCUUAUGAUAUGAGAGCAGCAUACAUUAAUAAACUUUUAGUUCAUUGUACGAAAGAUAUAGUGUUUGUGAAGUUUAUUGAUGCUUUAGAGCUAGUCAAAGAUGCCAAGACAUUAUUUCAGCUGUUUAGUAAAGUGAUAGAGUGGAUUAGCCCUAAAAAUAUUGUUCAUGUGGUGACUAAUAAUGCAGCCAAUUAUGUAGCAUGUGGUCAACUGAUUCAUGAGAAAUAUAGGCAUAUUUAUUGGUCAUCGUGUGCUGCACAUUGCUUGAAUCUCAUCUUAAAGGACAUUGCAAGUUUGCCUCAUGUGUCAGACCUUGCAUCCAAGGCAUCAAAGAUUACCAUUUUUGUGUAUAAUCAUACUGUCUUUUUGUUAUGGCUUAGAAAAAGACAAGGCUGGAGGGAGAUUGUGCGUCCAAGAGCAACUAGAUUUGCUUCCACCUUCAUUACUUUACAAAGCAUCUAUAAGCACAAGAAUGACUUGCAAGCUUUGAUGGUUGAUAGACAUUUUAUUGAUUACAAGUUGUCAAAGACAGUAGCAAGACAAAAUUUUGCUAACAUUGUCUUGGACAAUAGAUUUUGGAAUGAGUGUUAUGACAUUAUGGUGCUUGUUGGUCCCUUCAUUCAGUUGCUAAGAAUUGUUGAUGGAGAUGAAAAGCCUUCUCUUGGCUAUGUCUAUAAAGUUGAAAAAGAACCUGCUCCUAAGUUUAAUGAAGCAGAUUGUGAUGCUCUGCUACAUGGAGAUAAUCCACAACCUGUUACUGCUACUAGGGAUGAUGAAGGUGAUGAACGUAUGAAUGCUACAUCUUCUCCACCUUUGUUUGAUAAUGUUGGAUUUGGAGCUCAAUCUACAUCUGUUGGAUUUGGAGCUCAAUCUACACCUGUUGGAGUUAGAGGUCAAUCUACACCUAAGGGAGUUGGAGUUCAAUCUACUCCUGAAGUUGCUAUCUCAGAUUUUCUUCCUACUACAGUUGCUAAUGACUUAGCAAUUAAAGAACUUAACUUGAAUGAGUUUUAUGGUGAUGAUUGA